AAGUACAAUCCCAAGAAGCUUUACAAGCUUUAUUAGCUAUGGCAGCUAGUUUAAAUUCAUCUUCAACCCAAAAUAUAAAGUCAAACACAUCAUGGCCUUCAAAACAUCUUCAAGAAGAGGUUGGUAACCUAGAGUUAGGUGUAGAAAAAUUAUUGGAAUCAUUGCAGAAG